CGACCUUAAAGCUGAUAUGAAUUGGGAUUUUGGGGUGAAAGAUGAUCAGAAUAAGAGAUUGGAAGAGAACAAGAUCAAGAGGCAGCUUAACAGUGUUGUGAGACCAUCUGUUUUUGCUUUAGUUGUAGUAUUUUACUAUUGUGUAGAUAAAAUCAUGGUCAAAUCCAUUUUAGGAUCACUUUUUAGGAACCUAAUCGUCAUGCACUCAUCAAUGUACAAAACACAGAAGGAUGUCAAAGGACUCGGCGCCUGGAUAAUGGUGAAUAAAUUGAUUAUCUUAUGUCUUAGAAAUCUCACGUUUUUACGCAGCUGGACAGUUGCUUUGUUUCUUACUGACUACCCUUUUCGUUCCCUUCACAUUUAUACUACUUGUAAGGAAGCUGUUGCGUCCAACAAUAGCUUUUCUGAUGAUUUGAUUAAGGAUGAGGUGGACCUGAGUAUUGGAAACUACAGAGAGCUUUUUGGGGUUUCUCUUGAUAACCUCGGACCAGAUAUUUGGAGAUGUUUGUAUGGAUGGGUUUUCCGGACCGAAAGACAUGUUCGAGUCCCA